AUGAGCUCGAAAGGAAAACGAUCGUCUAUUUUGAAAAAACAGCAAAAGCUACCAUCCACCGAUGGGCGUGUUAGCCCCGUAGCAUCGCUGCCCAGCGCCCUGUUUAAGAGCAAUAGAAAAAUAGAAUUUCAUCGCAAAAAAUCCAUCAAGGAAUUUCUGGUAGGUGAGGAUGUGGACACUAUCUGGGGAAAUUCGUACGAAGUUUCCACCGACGGUACUCCGUCCAGUGGGUUCGAGGACGCCACACUAGCCAACAGCACCUGCCGAAGUACACCGGAUGAACAGAACAAGGAAAACCUAUCGGUAAACCAACAUUCCACGGUGGAUAAUUCGGUGCGACGCAACUCCAUCAAUACCACCAACACAAGCUGGGAUCUAUCGAUCACGAUAGCGGACGAAGAGAGGCGAAAAAUACGUGGCGAAACGUCAGUAGUUUUCUCGCAGAGCCUUAACACGACCGAACGAUUGCUGGUGGAACCGUUUGCGACACCGCAGGUUCCUACCGAAAAAGUUAAGCCUCCAUUGAAUGGUUUGCAGGUGGACAAUAACGACGUGCAGGCAAUGGAUAUAAGUCCAAUCAAACCGAACAUCAAUCCGUCGCCAAGAAAAUUGAUAUACACCUUCCCGAAACAGGGCAUGUUUGUGGAAAUUAAUGAUGUUCCGGAUGGGAACCCAGCUGAACAAAAUGUCAAGAAUGCUUCUUUAAGCACAGCUCAACGAGAAAAUCAGAAAACACCGAUUCAUCCAUCGUGGCGCACCGGAACAUCCACAACGAGUAGUCAGUCAGCUCUUCUAGGUGGCAGCUCAUACAACGUAUCGGAAACGUGGAAUUCACACCCGCACGGUGCUCACGGAGACCUGGCUAACGUUAGUUCCGACGUGGAUACUACGAUCGCUCUCACAAACGCCAUGACGAAGGUGCUUCAAUCGCGUUCGAACGAAUCGAUUCAGAAAGCAACUAAUAUGGAACUGGACGAGUCGACUACCACACUACCGACAAACGCGCUGGCGCGUGCUAGACCUUCAUUUUUACCAUCUAACCAACAUCCAGCGGAUGAAUCACAGGAUGUGCUCGAACGAACGCCGAUAAACGGUAAGCAGGAGAGCAGCACAUUUCUACCAGCUGGUCACACAUGCGAAGACACACAGUCGGCAGAUAUAUCUUCACCAGUGGAAGGACAUAUACAGCGCAAUAGCUUGUCCCUCGAUAACCUUUCCAUUUUGACCGAUACGAAAGAGGAGAACACAAAUAAGAUCGGAUUAGUGCACCAACAGCUCAAAGUAGACGAGUCUUCUGCGGAGUGUAAACGGGAAGGUAUUCCGAUAGAUUUUGGUUUGUCUAGUUUGAGCUUAAAUCUCCGACCGAGCUCGCCUGAGAUACCGGUGGUUGUUAAACCAAGAAUAUUACGUCCUACCCUGCCAUUAAGUAUGCUUGAAACUGCAAAAGACGUGGAUGAGAGUAAGAAAACAGAUACAAAAGACGAAUACGAUCGUAAUCGAUCGGCAAAGCGUACCCUCGGUAUGGUAUCCAGUCAACGGCAAAAGGUUACCUGUGAGGAUCUUAAAGAAACGGAAGUCGGCAGUAAGAAAUCGCUUGUGGCCAUGGACAUCUCAACUAGACGGCACACCAACAAACCAUCGCUAGCUACAGUCCAUUCGAGAACGACCGUUGAUAUGGUAGAAUCUUCUAAACAGUCAAAGGACUAUCGCUCCACAAUUUACCAUUCGUACGACAUCGAUAUCGAUCGUGAGGUGUUGCAGGGACAAAACUCUGCAAAACAACGCCAUCGACAAACGGUUCUGUGUGAUGCGGAAAUGGACCUAACAACUCACGUUUCUGCAGUUGUUAAAUCAUCUAACAAUGCUACUAGACGGACCAAUCUCGUGCCGGAACCGCUACAGGAUGACACGGCACAAAUACAACGAACUUCGGAAAGAAAUAAGCGCGAAACGGUGCUUGGUGCAAUUCCGAUCGAUGAUUCCACCGAUUGCUCCCCGCAUUCACCAGAGACAGCGCUCAAAAACUAUCGAAAAACUGUGUACCCGUUGGACAGAAUGAAAGAAGAUGUUCCGGUUGUACCACCGACGAAUGACUCUGAUCGUAAAACGAUCAUUUGUAAUGACAGCAUGGUAGUAGACGUGUAUCCAGCAAUGAACGCCAGAGCUGGUCCUGAAUCUUCAAUUUCAUGCGUUGUUUAUGGCCGAAAUGUUGACGAGCUGUCCAUUCACGCCGCACACGGAAACAAUGCUGUGGAUAUGAAAUUCGGUCGUCCCACUACCUUCCAGCCGGAACAGUGUGAUGAAUCUGCUCAGAUUGUGUCCGAUCGCGAAACCUUAAUGCAGGAGGAAAAUAUGAUUGUAUCGGAGGGAGCUACAAGUGCAAAGGAUAGAAGACAACGUUUUACGACACACAUUGCACAUUCGAUGGAAGAAGAUGAAAAAUCUACCGUUAAUAGGGAGAAAAAGAAUGGCACAACACCUUCGCUGUAUCAUUCACGGAAGAGUAUCUUCAAUGCGGAAGAAAUGGAGUUAACUUUAGUGAAAGAAUCGAAUACGACGGCCCUGCCCGAGAAUGACCAUGCUGAUCAGGAAGGUAUGGAUCUUCAUAAAACUCACCGUGAAGAUGAUAAAGCGUACUUUAUUCAAUCACGUCCCCAGUCAAGAAUUCCUAGACUAACAUCCCAUCUUCAAGAGGAUAUGCAGGAUAUUCAGCGCGAGGUAAACCGGCCAAGAUAUUCCAUUUACGAACGGGAAGAUAUGGACGUUUCAAAAUUAGACUGCGGGACAACCAUAAAUGAAGCAUACCCAGAAGAUCGUUCGAAUGCGAAACUGGAAGAGGACAAAAAGAAGAAUUCGUCUAUUCAUCCAAUGGGUCAGCAUAAAUCAAGAUUUUCCAUCUACGAACAUGAGGCCAUGAACGCUACCAAUAUUUGUGAGGAUCCACGCAUUGAAUCCCAAUUCCAUUACCCCGACCAGGAACCGAAAUCGAAGCAAGAUGGAGACAAAAGCAUCACCGUCCGCGAGACACACUCCACGAAUGCUCGAAUUGGUUUAAUCGACAUGGAAAUAGAGCAACGGGUAAUACAAACUGAACCGAAAGAAAGCGCGCAUCGGAAAGAUGUGACAACUUUAACGCACAUUGGCUGUGCCGAUUUGGACGACGAGAUGCAGAACAACGUUACUAACUACAAUACAUUUUUGGAACACCAUGAAACGUCUCACGGAAUGCAAGUGCAACAAGUACACCAUACAGACCAAUUGCACUUGGAGAAAGCAUUCAAUUCUACGCGUCUAUCGAAAGCAUACGAAAAAGAUAUUGUUUCCAAGUCGGUCAUUCCUUCGAGACCAUCAUCCUAUCUGGUAGAGGCAAUGGAUGAAACUAAUGCUCCUUAUUAUGCAUCAUCAUCAAAUGCUAGACAGACUAAUUUCUCGGAGCGAAAGACGUUUUCCAACACUCGUUUAGAUUCUUCGAUGCACAUGUCACCGGUAGAUGACAACAGUGGUAAAUCAACACUGAGACAGAACGCAAGACAAUCGAGCUACUAUCCCGAAGAAAUGGAAAGUACACCGACGACAGGGCAGAAGAAGGCGUUGGCUGGUCGUAAAACUUGCAUCGAGUCUUUUAGUUUGCGAAAAUCGGAACUGCAAAGAAUCGCACAACAGGGUAAUGCUUUCGAUAUGGAGGGUAUUUCGGUGCUCGAGAGUGAUCCAACUGAUUCGAAGCUGGAAAAGUACGUUACGGUACAAACGCAAGCGACAAGCUGUAGCUCGAAAGAGUUGGAUGGGAAUAUGAUUAAAUCUGUGGUUGCGACUAUGGAAACGCAGCCCAAAGGACUCCCAAGCAGUCGUUUGUCUGUUUAUGAUGCAGCGGCUAUGGUGGAGGAAACAGUACCUAUUAAUGCCCUUAGACUAAAGCAAGGACAAAUACCAGCUCUGGACCGCUAUGAAGGUGUGACAAGCAAAGAGCGUAAGAGCAACGAUUGUAUGGAUGAAACGAUCGUACCGGAGAACAUACGGGUGGAACGCGAUUUGAAGUAUGAUAUCCACCAAUCGAGCAGCCGUGUUGGUAGCACUGGAAAUGCAUCGCCGCUCAUGUGUAUUGCGGAACAUCCUUCCAUUAUAGGCCAGCAUCAGGCACACGAUCGUGGUACACUAUAUGGCACUGAAGAAAUAAUGGAACUGACGACAGCAUCGCGCAAAUUGACCGAAUCUGUCCAAGAUAAGAGAAAUAGACAAACAAUCCAUCAACCAGCCAACAUGGAUUUGACCACGGUCGGUCGAGAGACUGUGACUGCACCACCACAGCAAGUAUUUUCCCAACGUGAAACGAUCUACAAUGUCGGAGCGAUGGAAGAAACUCCGCCGCAUGGUGGUUUUCAUUCGGUAAAAGCCACCAACACUAACAAGCAGUGUCUUCCCGAGCCAGGACAACGAUCGGUUAUUGCCGAACGGCCGUAUCGACGUCCGCGACAGACAAUUUUAAUACCGCAGGACAUGGAUGUGGAGGACGAAAAGGAGGAACGACCCGGUGAAGAACAAAAAUCGUUCGCUUUAUCAAUGCUACCACGAGAAACAACUGAAGAUCGCGUUCCUCGUUCUGCGUCCAUACUACCGAAGCACACAUUCUUCCGGGAUCCAUCGAUGGAUGCAUAUCCCGAGUUUACAAAAUCUUUCCCUCAGAUGGAGAGGCAGUCAUUGCAGACGGUCGAUCGGAAAACCAUACCCAGAAACGAUACGUCCGCCUUUAAGGCACAUGAAAUUAGUGACAUUUCGUUGGCCACGACAACGAUGGAACCAGAGGUACCGUGCAUUGGUAACAUCACCGGUAUGAUGAGUAUGCGCGAGAUUACGGAACCACUACCACUUGCAUCGUUCCAAGAGCAGUCCAAUUCGGUGUCCGUUAUUUGUCGAGCAGAUGGUCCACGGAGUGAAGCCCCUUUCGAGAAGCGGCAAAAGGAUCUACACGAUGAUACAGUUAGUGUUGAGGCGAUGGCAUUUGUACCGACACGCCAAAACGGUGCAAGUGACGACGAAUUCUACGAUGCUGAAGAUGAUCCAGCCGUAGAACAUGAUCUGCUUGUGGAUCCUCUUUCGCUGACAAAAUCCCGUCAUCUUACGAUGAAGUUUAUCGAUGUAGGACACUUGGAACAGACGAAUUAUAACAUCACGGCACCGGUACAGGGUCCGGUCACUGCAUGUAAGCGUGCUCAUGCGCAAGUACUUAGCUCACCGGUUAUCAAUCGUGCUACCGUGGUUGAUCAGGAUCCCCUUCACAUGACGACGGAACGGCAAACACUGCACAUGAAUGUGGAACAUACACCGCAAGGCCCAAUCAAAAAGCGUCCACGAACAUCCUGCACAAAUCCUGCACCCGUGGAUAUAUCCACGGAAGUUGCAGCAGCUGCAGCUGCUGCUGCUAAAGGAAUCGAGGAACCAUCACCGAUUGAGGAAGUCAUAGUUAAAGAAGAACGCGAAACGCUUACCAACGCUAGUCGCAUUUCUCAGACACUUAUUCACGAUCCGUCCGUGUUCGUGAUGGAAGAACAAAAUCUUCUGGACGAUGAAUCGGAUCUUCCGUGUACUUCAAUGACUGAAGAACUGCAGCCGGAUAAUAACGAACAAACCAGUCCCAAGCAAUGUACCAAACCACCGCCCUCAUCUACAUCACCCCCACCUGUGUGUAUGAUUAUGGAACUGUCCUACUACAAAAACUUUGCCAAUUUAACGAUUGACACGUUCGAUUCGUAUGAGGAAGAACCUUUAACACCAUCACCAGGGGGCGUGGGCGAGAUGGAAGAGCAAGCAGAUGCCCCGGAGGUAAAUGAUCUCGUUGCGGAAUGUAUUUCCGUUAGUGAUGAAGAUUCGCUCAUCGUUACACCUCCGAAGGUACCGUUUUCGCUCGCUUACAAAGGUGACAAUCAGCAAACGGACGUGGUACUCGAUUCCACCAUUGCUAGCAACAUUAUGUAUCAAAUCCGGCAGAAACAUCCAGUUGUGAAGCAUUCUUGCUGCGGUAUGCAGACGGAGUGUCUGUGUCGGAUGCGGAAAGAGUUGAAGCGACAUCGGGAAAUGUCCGAUUUGGUGUGGAAUCGAUGGUGUACUAAGUUCGAGGCAAUCAAGCAACGAAUACCCAAGGUGUCGCACGAAGAACAGCAGACCGAUCAGCAGCGCGAUGACGAGAAUCGAUCCGUGCGGGUAACGCUGGAGGAACAAAUUGAGGAACUGAAUUGGCGGUUGCUGCGUGCGAAGGUGGAUGACGAUUAUCUGUUCGUAAAGGGUGAGCUGAGCAGGGAGGAUUUAUCGCGGCGCAGAAGUAGAACGAUUGUCAGUGGACAGUAUCCGGAAACGCCCAGUGCCGUAUUUUUGGCGGACAACUUUAGAAGCUGUCUUUCGGAACAAUUGUACGUAGACAACAGUCCUCCGUUAGGUGCACCAAGGCCAAGGGUUCCUCGUAUCACACAACUGAUUGCGAAUAAACUAUCCACCGAUACGGGCACCCGUUGGCUGUUGGACUGUUCGGAGGAUGGUGAUGGCGUGCUCUUACUACGACAUCGUACCCUGCGUAGUUUCUACAUAUCGGUACAACUGCAGCCACCACGAAGCAAAACCGGGAAGAUGGUCCGGGACAUCACCGAAAGCUGGCGACUAGAACGGAUACAGGUGCACGAAUGUAUGGAGGAGUACGUACACUCACCCAAGCUACUGCUAGCGCACAUCGAGUUUAUGCGGCUCGCACAGGAAACGACCGAGCGAACACUCCGAUCAACGUACCGAACGGUUGCGGACCUAAUGGGGUUGUGGCAUCACUUCCACGAGCUGAUGCAGCGGGUAUUUGAUGCCGUGAACCGACUAGUGACAAUCAUCCGCAACAACGAAGCACUGUUGUGCUACGAUGCCCAAAUGGAACGGUUUCAUGUGAAGAAGUGCGUAUACCGUGCUCUCGAUGAUGAGGUAAACACACUGCUCGUUCAUUUCAACUGGAUCGCAAGUAUCGGAGCGUCGGGAGUGAGUUUUAAAAGGUCCACAGUAGACCUGAACAAACUUCUUCCCACGUCAACCGGUGCCAAUCAACAACACACGACCGCUCCCGGAAAUUUUAUGCAGGGCGUUGGGACGAACGAAAAGACGGGUCUCAUGUUCCUGGAGUGUUUACUGUGGAACGUGGCAAAGCACUACGAAACGUAG